AUGGAAUGGAUCAAGAAGAUGGAAGUGAUGAAAUAUAUCAAGGAAAUCAAGAAUAAAAUGGAGAGGUUGGUGACGGAGUGGGAUGUGGAAUUGGAGAGGAUGUUAGAGAUGGAAAGGACUGGUAAAUACCAGAAAAUCAAGGUAAUUGGUAAGAUUCAGGAAAUGAAGGUAGAGCUGAAGAGAAUCGAAUUGAAGUGGAAGGAGGAGAUAAAGGACACGAAGGAGAUGGAGAAAAGGAGGAGAUACAGGACAUGA